GCAUCGGACAACUUCCGGUUUAUUUGAGUAACCCAAAAGAAUGUAGACAUGCUGGACGUUGUUGUUACAGUUUUGUGAUUUACUAUCCGAUCAGCUAAACUGUAACCAUGCCGCCAACUAUACAGACUGGCCAACGGGAUGAUAGAGAGAAAAGACAAAGACCUGGGGAUAAAAGAGUUGAUAUCCCCCGGGUCAAGUUCAACAAUACGUUACCUGACAUACCAUUUGAUCCCAAGUUCAUCACAUACCCUUUUGAGUCAAACAGAUUCAUCCAGUACAACCCCACAUCACUGGAGAGAUCUUUCAAGUAUGAUUUACUGACGGAACAUGACCUUGGGGUGACCAUCGACCUCAUCAAUCCAGAAACCUACAAGAUCGACCACAAUGCAUACCCAGAUCCUGAGGAUGAAAAACUAUUGGAGGAAGAGGUCAACACCCCUGCAGACAGCAAGAGGUCUCGCCAUCACAACACGACAGUAUCCUGGCUCCGGAAGACAGAGUACAUCUCUACUGAGUACAACCGAUUUCAGCAGAAGUCGGACCAGUCUGAAACCAAGGUGGGUUUCAAGAUCAAGCAGAUAAUGAAAGAGGAGGACAUGUACAAGGACAGGGACACCCAGAUCAAGGCCAUUGAGGACACCUUCAAGAAGGCCAAGAUACCGAUCAAGAAGCACUACAGCAAGCCCAAUGUCACUCCAGUUGAAGUGUUGUCCAUAUUCCCAGACUUUGAGCUGUGGAAACAUCCGUUUGCCCAGGUGUUGUUUGACUCGGACCCUGCACCGAAGGGACAGACCCUGCCGGCACAGAUGGAGGAGAUGUCACAGGCCAUGAUCAGAGGAGCCGUUGAUGAGAGUGGGGAGCAGUUUGUGGCCUAUUUCUUGCCGACAGAUGAAACGAUUGGGAAGAGGAAGCGUGAUGGAGAAGAGGGUGUUGACUACACGCCAGAGGAGGAGUACGAGUACAUGCUGGCCAGAGAGUACAACUGGAACGUGAAGAACAAGCUAUCGAAGGGAUACGAAGAGACAUAUUUCUUUGUGUUCAGAGAAUCGGGCGUGUACUACGAUGAGCUGGAAACACGAGUUCGUCUCAGUAAGAGAAGGAAGACAGGUGGAGGUCAGGUGGCCAAGUCCCGCCUCGUUGUCAAACACAGGGACCUCAACGAUAAGGAAGUGUCUGCACAGGAUGCACGGUUGAUGAUGUUGGAGCCACCGCAGGAGGAGGAAGAAGAAGAGGAGGAGGAGAUGGUUGUUGCUCCCGAUGCACUGGAGACAGGGAGUGCUAGAGGCAGUGAUGAUGAGGGCAACAAGAGUGAUGACGACCGAGGUAGCGUCCAGUCCGGGGGAAGCCGAAGGAGCAGAAGCCGCAGCAGGAGCAGAAGCAAGUCCCGCAGUCGGAGUCGAAGUGGCAGCGGUAGUCGAAAUCGCAGUCACAGUCGAUCAAGAAGUAGGAGCCGCAGUCGUAGUGGAAGCCGUAGCAGCCGCAGUAGAAGCCGCAGUGGCAGUGGUAGUCGCAGUAGCAGCAGCUCAAGUAGCGGCAGUGGGCGUGGUAGCGGUAGAAGCAGCAGCAGUGAGAGUGAGCGGGAGGUGACAGGGAAGAAGGACGAGGCAGAGAUCUUCGGGUCAUCCAGCGGGUCAGGGUCAGACAGUGAUUGAUGACAGACAGAACGAGGAAGGAGUGUAAACCAGAGUGACCAUUUCAUACCAGAUGACAGCCUAGAAAACAGGUUUCUACUUUGUAUAAGCAGGCCAAGAGCUACUGAACUAGUGCUACGGAUGGCGCGUGUCGGUUUUAAACCAGUGACCGAAUACUUGUGUUUCAGAUGACAUCCCUGCAAUGAAACCCCAUUAAUCAAGACCCUGUUAAUCCAGAAACCUGUCUGGAUAGUCUGGACCUGAACAGUCUCAUUGUAACAUAUGUAUAUAUCCACAUUACCCCACAGUCAUCAUUCCUUUAUGUGGAAUUUCAUUUUCUAGACGAUUUCACUUAAUAUGGUUGUAUCUGGAUUAACAAGGUUAAGCUGCACAAUGGUAUGAAGAUAUCAAUUUAUCAAUGUAUUAUUAAACCCUACAUGUAUUAAGGUUUGAAGGGGCCCCCAGCAACCCUUGCUGGUCAUAAUAGAUUAGGUUGUCAGGCUAGCUGACUCAGUUAAUUGCGAGUCUUUGUACUGUGAUGACAUGGAUCGUUGACCACAAAAUUGAGUUCUGGUUCAGACUUGAUUAUCUGAAGGCAGUUGUCAUGUAGCUGGAAUAUUGUAAAGUUUGGAUAUGAACCAGCAAACAAAACUGUUUUAUGACCAGACUCAGAUGAGAUAUCAGGAUAAGAAAUAAGUUGGUUAGGGUACAAGGAACACAGGUAUUGGCGGUCAUGAUUCGGAGGUCAGGUUGCUGUCAGCAGAGGUUAGAUUUUCUUCUCUGACAAUAUUAUCAUAUUGUUUCUUCUCUGACAAUAUUAUCAUAUUAUUUUGGAAUUUUGUACUUAUCAAUUUCCUGGAAUCAUCUCUACGUUCUCAGAGUUUUCAAUGAAAACAUCUUGUGUACAUCAUAUUUCCUCCUGGGAACAAUUGUGCAGCUAUAAAGGUCUACUCAUAAUCCAGGGAGACCAUUAGUAAUACCGAUAUUUCUUCUUAUUAGCAAGCUUGGUUUACAGACUUUCUAUGCCUUAAGUCAGUAUUACCUAAAGAUAUAGUUUUGUUCAGUUAUGUUUUGGGAAUUGACAUUAGAAAGAAAUGUUUUAUGAUUGAUGUCUGUGGUAGUUAUGCUUCCAAAUCCUUCAUGUUUCGAAUUCUAAUUAUAUUUUGUUCAGUAAAAUUUGAGUAGGAUAUGUGAAAACAGGCAACAUUGUUACUAUGGUGAGGCAUAUCAUGCCUUAUGGACAACUCAAAAGCAGAUAAAGAACCCCCAGUUCUUUCGUGGACUAUAGCUAAUUGCUGAUGUGUAUUACAACUCAACAGUACAGAGUUCUGUAAAUUGUUUUGAGUGGUGUAUAUUGCCCUAGCGUUUCUUUCUUCAUCCAUGCAUUUACUUCAUGCAACAAUUGUAAAAUAGAGAAGUAAUUAAUUCGGGGUUAUUUAGUAUCAUUUUCAUACAUUACACAUCUGUACAAGCUCUCAGAAAUCCUGGGAAACAAUAAAUCUUCAUCUAAAUCCAA